AUGGAGAACGCACCAAAUGCAGAAAACCCCACCACAUCUGCCGAUUCAAGUGCGGCGACGUUCAUGGUAGACUUAAUGCAGAAAUUCGGCGGUCCGGUAGAGGCGAUGAAGGCUUUCGUCAUGUUCACAACGAUGAUGGAAAAAACAACACCGACCGCGUCGACAACCACCGCACCACCACCACCGCAAAUCUCGGAAGAUUCGACGGCUCAACCCGCUGUCGUACAUGCAGUAGCCGAACCGUCCGCCAGCGCACCAACGGAAGACGCCGCGAUUGGCGCAGAACAGGGACAGGAGGCGGAUCUGACUGCAGGGGUGGAGCAAAUAGCGGCUGGUGAUCGCAGGGUUGCACGUGUCGUUGAGGGGAAAACCCCUGUUAUUUCUGCUAGCGGUUGUGAGGGGGAAACCCAUGUUGGUAUUGAAGGUGUAACUGAGGGGGAGCCCUUUGUUGGUGUUUUGGAGGGGGAAACCCCUGUUAUUUCUGCGAGUGUUUUGGAGGGGGAAACCCCUGUUAUUGUUGAAGGUUUGAUUGAGAGGGAAACCCCUGUUUUUUCUGAGAAGACUGUUGAGGAGGAAACCCCAGAAAGGCUCGUGGGUGGUGAAGCCCUAAUUUCUGAUCCGAAAGUUGCUGAGGGGGGAACUCCUGUCUACAUUGAGGGGGUGACCCCUAUGUUGUCUGAGGGGGGAGAUGCCCUCAUUCUUGAUAACGUUUCGGAGCCCAAGGAGAGUGGGCCGAACUUGGUGAUAGAUCUGGACGAUAACCCGAUGAGCGCAGAUUCACCGGUGGACAAACGAGCGGCAAGGCGUAGGGCCCAGCGAAACUUGAGUGAUGAGAUUGAAGAUCUCACUCUACCUACAACAGAGGGAGAGUUGGAGGCAGAAGCCCCUAGGUCUGGCGGCGAACAAGACGUGGCAGAAGAGCACCGCCUGGCGGCAGAGAGAAAAAGGAAGGGCAAACAUGCUGCCACUUCCUGGGUCAAAAAGUCCAAGCAGACUAGGGAGGGCAAAGCUUUGGAAGCUCAACUCCUAGCCCCUACUAAAGUGCCAUUUGCCAAGGAACUAGCCGGCCCUCCUUCGUCUAGUGAUCCCGAAGAAGAGGAUAUAGAAGAGCCCGAGGAAGAGUUAAAUUUCGAGCCAGCUGAAGUCUGGAUAACGAAUGGGUUACUGGAAGCUAUGGGAAAGUUCGAAGAUCCCAAGAGAAAGGCAGCGUACAAGGAGAGAUGUGGUUCCGGAAAGCUAGCAAAGUCCGAAAAAUGA